AUGCACCGACCGUGUAGAAAAUCGAUACACUUCCGCGUUUCGCUUUCCUCUUCUCAACGCCAGACAUCCUGCUGCGCUCGACCGUCUUCUUCACUGACACCUUUGAUUUCUCUCUUCUUUCGUUUCCUUGCCGCCCUGCUUUUGCCUCUCUCGAACAUUCUCGCUGUUCUCCUCUGUCGACUUGUCUCCCCCGCUUUUGCUCGCAUCUCUCCGCGUCCACCGCCCGUUCUUCGUUCUUCCCCUUCUGGUACCUCUACGCUUUCUCUCUUGCUCUUUUACGCCUCUCUCUGGCUCUCCAGUUCUUCUCCCUCUCUUCUGCAUCUGCCUUUUCCCUCUCCUCUCCUGCACUCCCCUGCCGCCGUCUCCGUCCUCGGACGACCUGCCUUUCUUUCUCCCUGCUCCCCUCGUCUCUCGUUGUUUGCCACGAUGGCUGCGGCGGCGAGGCAUCUGUACGGCAACGACUCGGACUUCUGGACCUCGGACGACGAGGAGACAGAGGACCUCCCCUCCGUCGAGAGCUCGCGGCUCUCUUUUGCCUCUCCUCCCUUCUCCGAGGCUUCUUCCACCCGUCUGAAAGAAGAGCCUACGCAAGACGCCUUCUCCUUUCCCCUGCUGCCCUCUCCUCUCGCGCUCGCCUCUGCGCCUGCCCAGCGCUGUGAAGCCGUCUGGCGGCGCGAAGACGAAGAUUUCCUUCGGAGGACGUUCGGCAUUCUCGACGAAGACAACUCAGCGGAUAACAACUCUCUGAACAUCGCUUCCCCUGUGGUUGCCGAGCCGUCGUCGAGUACAGGACUCGAAGUGCAGUCUGAGACGGCAAAGGACGACGAAGAGAAGAGCGCUGUCGGUCUGCGUUUUCUCUCGGCUUCUGCACCCGCUGAGAGACUUGAGAAGAAAGUUGCAGCUUCAUGGGAGGCCGAAGGCGAUCCAUUUCCUCUGGAGAAGCGCGAACAUGCGGACGACGGCCUCGCAGCGACAAACGCGCAUGCAGCCUCGGCCGUCUCGCUCUUUGACGAAGACCACCCUGGGAAGCCAAGAGAAGGACCGAACUUUUUCUUCUUCCCUCCUCUUGACUCGGUCGCCUCUUCGCUGCUCUUCGGAGCCUCUGACGGCCAAUUGAUCCGCGACGGACCUCCCGCACCGUUUGUUGAAAUCCUGCCGCCCACCGGUGCUUCCAGCAAAGCCCUGGGGGUCCACGAGGGAAACGAGGACGAGGUGCGUCUGUCGGCAACGGCGGCGGCAGUGACGGCCGCUCUGUCGCUCUCCACCUCGUCUCUCGUGUCUCCAGUCCAGUCUCCCACAGCUGCUCAGGACUCGGCCUCGUCUCCGGUGCAUGCGCAUGCAGCCGCAGAGACUGAAGACCUCACGCGAGACGACGUCGAAGGGAAGAAGCAGGAGGAGGCGAGAACUCGAAGGGGAAGUCAAGACGAAGCCGCGGUCUCUGCUGCGGAGGGAGGAAAGGCCGCUGGGGAGAAGCCGCGACAGUUCAUUCGCAAACGAUGGUGCGUUGAAGACAAUGAGAGCGAUGUCUCUCUCUUUCGUCGACGCGUCCAUGCCGCGAGGCGGGAGCGAGCGCGGAUGGCCGCUGCGAAUGCGAAGAAGGACGAGGAGACACUUGGGGAGACCGGCGAGUGUGGGGUCGGAGACGCGCAAGCAGGCGAAGGAUUCGCGGAGGUCGAUCCGGAAGUUCUUGUCGAGGACCUUGACGAAGCCACGAAGGCCUGGCUGGCCGCGAUUCCUCAGGAACCUGGCGAUUUGUCGCCGCUUCAAGUGCCUCUUGCUCUCGAGUUCCCCUUCCCUCUUGACGACUUCCAGAAGCGCGCGAUUCUCCACCUCGAAAAGUACCAAACCGUCUUCGUCGCUGCCCACACAAGUGCAGGAAAAACUGUCGUGGCGGAGUACGCGAUUGCGUUGGCGGUUCGGCGGAACCGGCGGUGUAUAUACACUUCGCCUCUGAAGGCUCUGAGCAAUCAAAAGUACCGCGAGUUUCGCCUGAAAUUUCCGUCUGUGGGCAUUGUCACCGGGGAUGUGUGCAUCAAUCCCGACGCGAACUGCCUCAUCGUCACAACCGAAAUUUUGCGCAGCCUCCUGUACCUCGGCGAUGCCUUGAUCGGGCAAGUGGACAGCGUUAUCUUCGAUGAGGCUCACUACAUCAACGACAUUGAACGCGGCGUUGUCUGGGAGGAAGCAAUUAUUCUUCUUCCCAAGCAGGUGAACAUGGUUCUUCUCUCUGCAACGUUGCCGAAUUAUCGCCAAUUUGCGGAGUGGAUUGGAUCCGUCAAACAAAGAGAAGUUUUCACUUUGUCGACCGACAGACGCCCGACGCCGCUGCGCCAUUUCCUCUUCUUCCACGACAAGGCAUUCCUCCUCAUGGAUGCAAAGGGAAGGUUCCAAGCUGGAGCCUACAACGAAGCCUUCAAACAUGUCCGAGAGAAGGGCAACCCACAGGCUGCUCGGAAGCCGCCUCCCAGCAGUGCGGCUCAGCGAGGACGAGGGGGAACGCGGCAGGCGCUGCGCGAGUCUUCUCAUCAAAGCAGCAAAGGCGUUUUCCAGACCGCUGAGGCGAAGCUGAAAACCGAGAUUCACCGUCUCCAGGGUCUCAUCACGAAGCUCGAGAAAGACAACGAACUCCCCGUCGUCGUCUUCUGUUUCAGUCGUCGAAAGUGUGAGACCUACGCGCAGGCGAUGAGGAGACUGGACGUUGUUCUCUCUCACAACGACCGAUCCAAAAUUCAUCUCUUCGUCAAGGAUUGUUUGAUGGCUCUGUCGCCGGCGGACCGCGACCUCCCGCAGAUUCGCUUCGUCUGUGGGCUGAUCCACCGAGGCGUCGGCAUCCAUCACGGCGGCCUCCUACCUAUCAUCAAAGAAAUGGUGGAGAUUCUUUUCCAGCGAGGACUCGUGCGAGUCUUGUUCGCGACCGAGACGCUGGCGAUCGGCCUGAACAUGCCGGCGCGCUCCGUCGUCUUCUCGGCGCUGAAGAAACACGACGGCCAGCGUUCUCGCAUGCUGCUGGCUUCUGAGUACACCCAGAUGGCAGGACGCGCAGGCCGACGUGGUAUCGAUACAUUUGGCCAUGUAUACAUCUUCUGUUCCGACGACCUUCCAGAGCCAAAAGAACUCACGGGUAUGAUGGUGGAGAAGGCAAAUCCUCUUCACAGCCGCUUUCGCCUGACGUACCAGACGCUGCUUCUCCUCGCUGCGCGAAGUCACUCCAUGUCGAUGACGUCUUUCCUCUCCCAGUCGUUCAAGGAGGCGGCUCGGACGUCUCUGCUCCCCGUCUUCAAGAGGGACUUGCGAAGGAAACGAAAGGAACUGCAUGCGUUGCCAGAUGUUCGCUGCGUCUUCGGAGAACCUGCAAUCGAAGACUUGGCAGAACUGGAGGACCGAAGUCGCGGCAUCGCAGAAGAGAUCCACAUGAAACUGUGGCAGCACAAGGCAGCGGCUUCUUCGAUAUUUACUUUCGGCCGCGUUUGCUUCGUUCAUUCUCUCUGGGGGAGUCUUCAGUCGUCUUGUCCUGCCAUCUUUCUCAACGUCGACUUCCGGCCUCUCGUUCCGAGCUGCCCACCAACCUUUCGAAUGCUGGUGCUGCUGCCCCCUUGGGUGACGGCCGCGAGCCUGGAAGAGACCCGCGGAGCUGGGAGACGAGCGAGCGAAGGUCCUGCUGGCGGGGACGCCUCGUCGACCUCGCCGGUGAUUCUCUCGUCUGGCGUCAUUGCCUCUUCGUCGGCGGCUUCCUCUUUGUCUUCCUCCGAAACCGAAGAGCUUUUUCCGGGGAUUCGAGAGUGGAUUUUGGUCCGCAGUGUUUCGCUGCUCCAGGUGGAAAUGCUUUGCGAGGAAAUCGUGACUUGCCCUGUAGGAGUCUCCAGCAAGAAUAUUGCAAACGGCGCUGUCGGCCCUGAAGACUCUCAACUUCUCGGUAUCCUCGCACAAGAACUUGAGAGGCUGGCGUCGGCGGACGCGCGCGGCGAAGACACAACGAACGCAGGCGCGAGGAAGAGUGCAUGCGGUGCGUUGACUCCGAUGUCGUUUUCAAAGCCGCUGAAACAACUCGAAGUCAGUCUGGUGUCCACGCUGCUCCUGCAAAAAGAUCUCUUCUCAGCAAUUCGACAGAACAAGUGUUUCGCCUGCCCCCUCAGAGAAACGCACAUGCAACUCACCGCGCAUAAAAGAGAGCUCAUGGCGGAAAUCGCAGAGAUCUCCAGCCAGCUGGCCGAUGAGUCGCUGGAUGUGUACCCAGAGAUGCAGGCCCGGUUAACCGUGAUGAAGAAACUGAAACUUAUCGACGAUCACACGGGAGCUCUCACCGUUAAAGGACGCGUAGCAUGUCAGGUGAUGUCCGGCGACGAGUUGACGCUAACGGAGCUUCUCUUCCAAGGUGGAUUGGAAAAUCUUCAACCUGAAGAAAUCGCCGCAGUUCUCUCUGCCUUUGUCGCUCCGGACGGACCUGUCGAACAAGUCCCGGCGCCGACAGCAGGCAUCCAGCGCGUUCGAGAUCAGGCAGAAGAACUCCACGUUGCGAUCUUAAAGCUGCAAGCGAACUCGGGCGUCCGCAUCAACGCAGAAGACUGGUGGAAGCUGUGCAACUUCUCCCUUUCCUUGGUUGCCUACGACUGGGCGAAUGGUGUGAGCUUCGGAGACAUCAUGCACAAGACUAACGCGCAAGAAGGUUCAAUUGUCCGCGCAAUUCUUCGGCUUGACGAGCUUCUGAGAAAGAUUCGACAAGCAGCGAUUUUGAUUGGGGACCCAGAUCUCGGCGCAAAGUUGCAGCAGACUUCCGACCGCAUUCGUCGGGACAUUGUGUUUGCGAUGUCGCUCUAUUUACAGUAGCGUUUUUUUUCGAGAAAUCCUUCCUUUGGUUUUAUUUUCUUCUUCCACGUCGCUUCUUCUCUCCGUUACUUGUUCCUUCCCCUCUUCAGUUGCAGGUCUCAGAUGUCUCCUUUCUGGAAAUUCGACUUUUCUCCUUCGCCGUUCGCCUUCCUCGGCUGUUGUUUCAAGUUCUUCUUUCGCCGCGAGCUGUCUCCACAGACCUUACGCGCUGUCUGUUCCUCUAUCUCUGCUUCUUUC